AUGACUGAAAUGACCCUGCGUCGCUUGUUUCCCCUAAUGAAGACUUUUUACGGCGAAAUGUUUGAAUUCUCCAAUGAGUAUUUGCAUGAUGACAUCACCUAUUCGCAAGAUUACAUUGGACCACAUACGUAUCACACCUACUUUUGUGAUGCCAGUGCAUUGCAGGGCCUUCAUUGUGUAGAACACAAUGGGGGAGGUGGUGAUAGUUUCUUCAUUGAUGGUUAUCAUGUAGCUGAGCAGUUGAGUCAACGAAAUCCCAAAGCUUUCGAGAUACUCUCUCGGGUCCAUGUGCCAGCAGAAUUUUUGGAUAAAGGAGAGCGUCAUAGAUUUUCAUCUCCCAUUAUACGCGUUGAUCCUGUGACCAAGAAGGUGUUUCAAGUACGUUUGAAUUUGUACGAUCGCUCGGUCUUCAAUACUUUGGGGCAAAAUGAAAUGCGUGACUUUUAUGAGAGUUUGAGGGAAUUUCUUACUAUUGCUCAUGACCCUGGUAAUUGGUGGCAAUUGAAACUAAAUCCUGGUACUAUGGUUAUCUUUGAUAAUUGGCGUUUGCUACAUGGUCGGCAGGCGUAUACCGGAAAGCGAGUUAUGAUUGGAGGCUACGUUCAAAGGACAGAUUUUCUCAGCAAGGCAAGAGUGAUGGGGAUAAUUGACUAA